GAGAGAGAGAGAGAGAGAGAGAGAGGAGGCAGCAGCGUCAGAAGUGGCACAUGCUGAGUAACAUACCAACUUGACAACUACCAGCAUAAAGAUGGAGUUUGCCUGCAGUCAUGUUGUCUGUAACUGGAGGCCUGAAAGUCUAGCAGAAGGUCUUUCCUCCACGCUACCCUCCGGUUUGUCCAGAAAAAAAUCAGAACAUCCUUACGACAACCGCAUUGCUGUCAUUCCAAAACCUACUCCUCCUAUAACACCACCACCUGUACCUCCUCGUCGCUCGACACAGAAACGCACCCAACCCAUUUCAAUGCCGCCUCCAGUGCCACCUCGAGGAUUGGAGGGUAAAGGACAGGCCAGUAUUAAAGCCAAUGUCAAUGUGGUAUUACUCAAGGUAGGGAGUCUUGUGGACAUAAACAAAGCAUCCAGUAUACAGAGCAUUCAGAAACCAGUGCACUGUGGGAAAUGUAGAGCCAUCAUGUCAUCUGUGAGCAACUCACAAACCAACCCAAAUACAUCGACAUGGUCUUGUGAGUUUUGUGGUAAUCAGAAUGUCCUCUCUCAGAGUGAGUUAAAAAUGGGCCGUUCUCCUCUGUGGACUCCGCCAGGCAGAGAUGUCCUCUAUGUAGAUGAGGAGAUAGACGCAGACUAUGUGAACCUAGAGGACAUGCUGGUGGUCUUCUGUGUGGACAUUUCUGGUAGCAUGAGCGUCACAUCAGAGGUAUCUCCUGGUAACAGCAUGAGAUCACCAACCUAUGUAUCACGGUUGCAGGGUGUCCAAGAGGCCCUACAGUUGGCGCUGUCCUCGUUGCUAAAAUCAUCACCUCACCGUCGAGUAGCACUGGUCACUUUUAAUGAUGAGGUGACGGUGUACGGAGACGGUACAGGAGUUCCUCUGUGUCUGCGGGACUGGGCUCUGGUAGAUUAUGAUCAUGUGAGAGAGCAGGGAGAGAACUACGCCACACCACACUGCAUUGCUGAGACUUUCCAGUGCCUCACACAAAAAGUCAAAGAAUUAAGAGAGCAUGGAGCCACAGCGCUUGGCCCGGCAGCACUGAUCUCUGUUGCUAUGGCCUCUCAGUUUCCAGGUUCAAAGGUCAUAAUUUGUACAGAUGGACAGGCCAACAUAGGCCUGGGCCAGUUAGAACAGGAAUCUGCAGCUUCAGUAUAUUUCUACAACCAGUUAGCCAGUCAUGCAGCAGAAAAAGGAGUGAUUGUGUCAGUGAUGACAUUUGAGGGUGAAGACUGCAGCCUGGCAGAAGUGGGAAAACUGGCUGACCACACUGGAGGCAGGAUCAACAGAGUCAACAUUUGUACAGUCGGAUCAGAAAUUCAGAAUGCGCUGACUGACAACAUCUUAGCAACUAAUGUUGAGGCAAUGCUGCUUGCACCUAACGGCGUGUAUUACCCUUUUGAGGAGGAAAACCACAGGCUGGUGAGAGAGAUUGGAAAUGUCACAAGUGGAGUCGAGAUCACUUUCCAGUUUGCUGUCAAACCAGACAGAGUUGAGAGUUUCCAGAGAAGAGAUCGAGUUCCCUUCCAGCUGCAGCUGUCUUUCAAAACUCGAGAUUUGAAGAAAGUAACCAGAGUCAUAACUCAGCAGAAGCGUGUGACCACCAGCAGUUGGGUGUGGGCAGGGAGCCUGAACAUGGCUGUGCUGGGUGUUCACUGUGCCCAGCUAUGUGCCCGACUCACCAUGGAGGGCAGGAUCCAGGAGGCUCAAUGUCAACUCAAAGCCCAGCAGGACCUCCUCAAAGACAUCAGUGAACAGAAGCCAAGUCCUAAAGAAGAAAGUAUCUAUGGAAACUGGAUCAGUACCAUGAGUAUGAUCUGCGAAGACCUGAACCCAGAUACACAGGGUAACAGAGGCAGCACUACCAUUUCUGCCAAAAGAACACUUUCCACAGGUUUGUCAGACGAGGCAGCAAAUGUGGUGUACCAGAUGAAGAGGGCAACAAGUGUGGGCCAGAAGGAAGAGAAGACAGCUAUGUUAGAAAGCUGAGCAGAAAGUGGACUUAUUGUCAGAACAGUAGUGACUAACAGCAGAGGCCUCAGUAAUGGAAUAUUUUGUGUCAUACUGGUUAGUAGGCAGGGAAUCCCUGUUAACAUCUGUAAUUAAAUUAUGGAGCCUACAGGCAACCGUACUUGUAUUUAUCUAAAGAUUCUAACAAAAUGCAUUGUUUUAAUGUAUUUCUGAACAAAAAAUAUAUCUAGAUGCACAUUUUUCUCAUUACAGUAUCGGGAAAAGGACAUGAUGCAGACUUGGCCUCGUUAUGUUGAAUGCUGUUGUGAAUAAGAUCGUUUAAAGGUCUGUCAUAUAGUCCAAGUUUGGGCAAAAUUGUUUUGGUUCGGUGCAAUGGUGGCUUUCUAAAGCAAUUAGUAUUUCAUUAAGAACUUUACGUUUUAAUUUUUCAUGAGGUCUUAUUUCAAUAACUCCUAGCUCACUGACUGACAUGGAUUUUGCUGUACACCACAGUUUAUUUUGUAAGUAUUUAAAUGACCUGACUGGACAGCAUGGUGGCUCAGUGAAUACUAUAGGCACAUCACAGCUCCAGAGCUUGAUCCUGAGGGUCUGUAUAGAGUUCAUGUUCUCCCUGUGUCUACGUGAGUUUCUUUUACAUACACUAUAUGGCCAAAAGUAUGUGGGCAACUGACCAUCACACCCAUAUGUGAGCCUUCCUCAAACUUUUACCACAAACUUGGAUGCACACAAUUGUAUAGAAUGUCUGGAUGCUGUACCUUUUAAGAUCUCCAUUCAGUAGAACUAAGGGGCUCGAACAUGUUGCAGCAUGACAAUGGGCCGGUCACAAAGCAAGGUAUAAAUCUGGGAUGGGAUCUUUCAAAAAGCACAUAUGGGUGUGAUGGUCAGAUGUCUGCAAUUUUUUGGCCGUAGAGAGCUCUACAAUAAAAAAAUAUAUACAUAACCCAACCUGAGUGUAUGAGUAUGGGGGUGUUUGUGUGUGAUGCCCUGCAGUGGACCAAUGACCCUAUCCAGCAUGAUUUUCCUGCCUUGCUCACAUUAUUUCUGGGAUAGGAUCCAGAGCCACCACAGCCUUGAGGGGAGGUGCAGGGGAAAGGAAAACAAAUCAUGAAUGCCACUUAAAACGUUUUAAAAAGAUAUAUUUUUGUGUAUUUUAAAAUAUUUUAAUAAAUGAUUUUGAUUUUCUAUCAUCAAAAA